GUUGCUUCCCUCUCGCAGUUUAAGGUGCGAUCCGUUUUCCCCCUCUUCCUUUACGUUUCUCGCUAGCGCGUCAGGUGCUUUGUUGUCGUCCCCUUUUCUUUUUUCUGUCGAGAAACAAUUCCCCCAUUCUUCUUUUCUUCGGAGGGCGGGAGAAUUUCAGAGCAGGAAAUAAAAUGCAACAGUGCUGCUGCUGUUGCAAUGGGCACUGACUAGUCGAAAGGAAGCGAAGACGUUGCUCUUUCUGCCAUCGGAGAAAAGAAGCUUCCUGUAAUUCAACCGCAUCGGCUCGGUUGCCUUUCACCGCCUCAUAAACCUCUAACUUUCACCCUGUCUGGCGGAAUCCAAACUCGACAUAAAUGGUGGAAGCGAUAGUGGAGUUUGACUACAAAGCUCAACAUGAUGAUGAGCUGACAAUCACUGUAGGUGACAUCAUCACCAACAUCAGAAAAGAAGAUGGAGGUUGGUGGGAAGGACAGCUCAAAGGCAGAAGAGGUUUGUUCCCUGACAACUUUGUAAGAGAAAUAAAAAAAGAUGUGAAGAAAGAAAGUUUUGCCAGCAAAGCAUCAGAACUGUCUAUGCAUGAAGUUUCUAAUGGAAGUUCUUUACUAUUGUCUGAGACAAUUAUUAGAACCUCCAAAAAAGGUGAACGAAAUAGACGGCGACGAUGUCAAGUGGCUUUCAGUUAUAUGCCUCAAAAUGAAGAUGAACUGGAGUUGAAAGUUGGAGAUAUCAUUGACGUAGUGGGAGAAGUAGAAGAAGGUUGGUGGGAAGGAGUGCUAAAUGGAAAGACUGGCAUGUUCCCUUCUAAUUUCAUAAAGGAGCUUUCUGAUUCUGAUGAUACUAGAAUUGUCUAUGAAGAGCACCUGAUAAAACCGAGAAAGUCUGCCUUUGAAGGGUCAAUUCUGUAUAAAGUGGGACCGACAAAGAUUGAGAGCUACAGACGCUAUAACAGUUUAAGGGAUACUACAGGCUCAGAAAGUGAUGGUGGUGACUCAAGUAGCACAAAAUCAGAAGGAGCCAAUGGAGCAGCAACCAUCCAACCCAAGAAAAUCAAGGGAAUUGGAUUUGGUGACAUUUUCAAGGACAAACCCAUAAAGCUACGUCCAAGGUCAAUAGAAGUAGAUAAUGAUUUUCUGCCAGUUGAAAAGACAGUUGGAAAAAGAAUGCCCACAGCUACAACAGUCCAGGAGGCAAGAAAAAAUGAACUGGAUAGCAGAACAAAGAUGAAGGAGUAUUGCAAAGUUAUAUUUCCUUAUGAAGCACAGAAUGAAGAUGAAUUGACAAUUAAAGAAGGUGAUAUUGUUACUCUUGUCAAUAAGGAUUGCAUUGAUGCUGGCUGGUGGGAAGGAGAACUUAAUUGUAAAAGAGGAGUAUUCCCUGAUAACUUUGUAAAACUAUUACUUCCUGAUUUUGAAAAAGAGAGACCUAAAAAGCCUCCACCUCCUUCAGCUCCUUUCAAACAAGGAUCAGCUACUACAGAUAGAAAGCAUGAAAUUAAAAAGGUUCCUCCUGAGAGGCCAGAAUGCCUUCCUCAUCGAACAGAAGAAAAAGAAAGACCAGAGAGAGAACAAAAAGCAUUAGAUUUACAGAAGCCUUCUGUUCCUGCUAUACCACCCAAGAAACCUCGACCACCAAAAACAAACUCUUUGAACAGACCUGGUACGUUGCCACCAAGAAGACCAGAAAGACCAGUUGUGCCUCUGAUUCAAACAAGGAAUGAAAUUCCAAAAGUAGAUUUGGUGAGCUGUUCUUUGUCCGGCACCUUAGAAAAGGAAUCCACUGAAAGAAGCAAUGACAUCGAUUUGGAAGGGUUUGAUUCCAUAGUACCAGUUGCAGAGAAGCUCAGCCAUCCAACUACUACAAGACCAAAAGCUACUGGCAGAAGACCUCCGUCACAGUCAUUCACAUCUUCUUCACUUUCUAGUCCUGACUUUUUUGAUUCACCAAGUCCUGAAGAUGAGAAAGAAGAACAAGUUUCCAUAUCACAUAAAGUAGUUGAGCCAUUAAAGAAAGCAAAGACUGUUACAAUUUCACUUGUGUCUGAUAACAAAGUCUCUCUGCCUACAAAGCCAGGAAGUUUAACAAGUGGAAGUGCUUUAUCAUCAUCCUUAUCUUCUUCAUCUAUACUUCAUCCAACUUCAGUAGGAACCACAGGUCACAGAUCAAAUUCCCCUUCUUUGUUUACUACUGAAGGAAAGCUAAAGACUGAUCAUUCAAGCCAAGGUGAAACAGUUUUGGAAGAACUAAGGUCACAAGUUAAAGAGCUACGCACUAUCAUUGAAACAAUGAAAGACCAGCAGAAAAAAGAAAUUAAGCAAUUGCUGUCUGAAUUAGAUGAAGAAAAAAAGAUUCGGCUACGGUUACAGAUGGAAGUUAAUGAUAUAAAGAAAGCUCUUCAAUCAAAGUGAAUUCUGGAUAGAUGUAUUAAUUCAUAGUGACAGAGACUUAUGCCCCAAACAAAAUAACUUUGUGCCAAAUGAUUAAAAGAUCUGCCUACAUUUCUUUGUUUGGACAACUGGCACAAGAAUUGAAUAGCACAACAUAAAUUCCAGUGAAGAACAUAAAUUUCUAUGUGAUACACUUUCUUGAAAUGGCACUGGUUGUGACUGAAUUUUUUCGUAUUGUGCUAAAAUCUUCUCUGCUUCACGUUCACAGGCAAAAUGAAAACUCAGGCAGUUUAGUUCAUAGUGGUACUAUUUUAAUGAUAUUUUCCAUAAGUAAAUUGUUUAUCAGUUUACAGGUUUUAUGAGUUUGACUUUUUAAAUUGUCUUUUGUCACAGAUUCUUAAAAUGUUUGUAUUGCAUAUAUCCAGAAAUGAAUGUGGAUAUUGGGUGUGGGGGGUUGUUUCUCUUAAAGCAGCUUAAUGCGUGUUGUUUUAAAUACAAUUAUUUAUGCAAUCUUAUGUCCAAAAAUUAACAACAAGGUGAAUCUUAAGUUUGUGUACAAAGAGUAUAUUUAAAAAGAAAAAUCUGGUCUUUGCAAUGAUUUGUGCCUUCUUUUGCCAAACACGGAUUGGAACUAGUUGUAGGCCAGAAAUGUAGAAUUUAGAAAUGUAGCUAACACAAUGAGGCCUGUCUAUCCACUAGAGGUCGGUCUUUCAGCAUAUUAACUGCUUGCUCAUCAAAAUCUUCCAUUUUGAUCUGAUUUGAUUCAACUUAAUGAUGUAAUAACCACACUGAGUUUGAGGCAGCUUUAUUUUAACCAGUAUUGCAUAUUAUGAUUAUUCUGAGAACUCACUUUGCUUACUGUCACUCAAAUGUUAAACACCCACUUUUAUCUCCAAUUUUGCACAUCUUGGGUGAGCAGAAUAUGCAUCAUCUAAGAGCAAACAAGGAUAAAAUAAAAAUUAACAAGAGAAAAUUAUAUUAUUAUAUGCAGAGAACUAUGUGAUAUUAACCUCAUUUAAACAAUUGUAAGCCUGCAAAUUUGGGGUGAAUGGUUUCUAUACUGGCAUCUUACCAAAUGACUUAUGUCAAAGCAGUGUUUACAUCUCUAUACAGAUAGUGAAGAUUUCAGCUUUUAAAGGCAAAGGAAUGUAUAUGUGUUUGCAUAAUAUAUGUGCGAUCUCUGAAAAGUGCUUGUAACAAAAUUAUAGUUGGAUUUCUUAUUUUCAUAGUACAUUAAUAGGGCAAUCCUGUGCAUGUGUAUUGGAAUGGGUUUUGUUCAAUUCAGUAAAAUAUAUUAUCAGAUAAUGAUAUAUAAGCGUGCAAUCUGAUUUCACAAUCCUAGCAUCCUUACUGCAGAAUAAACAUUAAAAACAGUAAGAUUCAUAUGUAAAUAAACAUGCAUAGGAUUGCACUUGAGUGUUCUUGAAUAGCUGAGGUAUGUGUCCUGCUGAAAUAUUCAUCUUUUAGUUAUAAAAUAGAAUUCUAGUAUUUAUCUUUUCACAGAGAUAUGAAGUUUACAUGAAAUAUCACAUGAUGACUUUAUCAUAUCAAAUAUAAACAUUUAAUAUUUAUCAUUUAAAUAUUUACAUUAAAGUUGCUAACUUCUAUUUGUUAUUGGAUAGGAGACUUAAAAGUAUUACCAUGACACCCAAAAAUGUCCUACAAUUGUGUUUAUUAGUAUCUUCAUAUCAGGAAAGAACAUUCAGGCUAGAGAUUUAAUAAUGCAUCCAAAUACUUGUAUCAGUCAUGUAUAUUUUCUUUUAUUAACAUUGAUACAAGCAUAAUAAUCAAAAAUGUGUCACUGUGAUAUCUUUCAGGAUUUUAACAUUACAUUAGGAUUUCUGUAUUAAAAUGACCAAAUCAUCUUGCUGAGUGUUUUACAUUGAAGCACGAAAGUAAAUCAUGGAACUAAUUUCUUUGUCCUCACAGCAUUCAUGUAAUAAAUCAUGUUAGCCCUUGUUGUUUUUCAAAACAAACUUGAUUUCCAGUCAUAACCUAGGAGUGUAGGAUAUUGUGCUGCAACAAAGAGAUCUAGGCAAUGUUAUAGUGCUAUGAUUUAUAGACACUAGCUUAAAUAAUUAAAAUGGACAAAAGGCUGUAGGACCUUUGAAAUGUCCCAAGUCCAUGAUCAUGGCAUUUCUUUAUUGGCAUGCCAUUCUGAAUGUUUUAGUGGAAAUAAGUGUUUUUACAUGCAAAUGCAUGUGUACCAAGCUGUGGAAAUUGGUGGGAAAGAUUACUAAAAAUACUGUGAGAUGGAGAGCUGAUGAGGCAUUGUUAUUGUAGCAAAGAAACUAUUUUCUUUUGCAAUCAGAUAUUGCUGUCCUAAUGAAUAUUUUAGGAGGAAUAUUUGCUUUCUUUGGUAGUGUCCACAUCAUUCUCCCUUGGAUGUAGUAAUCUCUGUGUCAUGGAAUGUACUUGAGUGUAAUUUCAACAUGGCAGAAACUAAAAAUAUGAAGUAUGUUGGGCGUAAUAAUAUAUUUAUUUUAAAAAAUAAAUUUAAAUAACGUUUUUGUCCUUGUUCUGCAUGUGAAGAGCAGCCCCAACAUUGCCACUCAAAAUCCAAGUGCAGCCUAUAUAGCCAGGAAAAAGUUGCACAACUGCUGUAACUAAGAUGCCAGUGUGAAGUGGACCCUGAUUGUCUGGAAGUGUCUCUUGCAAGACAACAGUCAUUGAGCCUGAAUCUAAGGCUGCCCCAGUUUUCCUAUUAGACCUUUCUAGUUCUCUUAGAGGUUUUC